CCUGCUUUAGGGCGCAGAGGAAUGGAGCGGACAGAUGACCGCGUCCUGCCCCGCAACAAACCCGCAAUAAACUGCACUUCUGCGGAGAUAAGCAGGCGGUAUCUGCUUAAACCACCCAGGCUGAUCAUGUGCCUGAAGGAGCAGGAGUGAAGGAAGAAACGGAGGUAAGCUUUGGAUCAGGAGGAUUUCAGGAUCAAGAAGAGGAUUGUCUGUAACAGGUCACAAAGCACAGUGUGAGGACAUGAACAGGUGACCCUCACAGAGAUGGACGCCUUUCAGCAGCUCCUCCUGUUACUGUGGAAGAACAUCACCUACAGACGCAGGAACAAGAUCCAGCUGAUCAUUGAGCUGCUCUGGCCCCUCUUCCUCUUCGUCAUCCUCAUUUCAGUACGCCACUCCCACCCUCCGUACAAGCAGGGCCAGUGUCAUUUCCCAAACAAAGCUUUACCUUCAGCAGGAACUCUGCCCUGGAUCCAAGGCAUUAUCUGCAACAUCAACAACCCGUGUUUCCACAGCCCCACGGCCGGAGAAACACCCGGACAAGUGAAUAACUUCAACAAUUCAAUAUUGUCCCGUGUGUUUGUGGAUGCUCAGAGCCUCCUGUCCAUCAGUGGGAACCGGAGCGUGUCAGGCCUCCAGGAGCUGAGGCGUACUGUACAGAGGCUGGGGAACGCACCUGGGAUCUGGCCAAACCUGACAGUGGGAGAAUACCUCAGAGCCAAUGAGAGCUUCUCGUCUUAUCUCCGGACCAAUAGCAGCCUGCCCCCGGAGUCUGUGGAGCAGUUGCUCAGAGCCAGACUCAACUCUCAGGUGGUGGUGACUGGAGCUCAGAUGCAGCUGAAAGACCUGGUGUGUAACCGGACCAUGCUGGGGCAGUUUCUGACAGUGGAUGGAGGAGAAGACAAGAUGGCCGCCCUGCAGACAGCGCUGUGUGCACUGCCCACUGACGUCCUGCAGCACGCUGAGCGCCUCUUCCUCACGCAACUCGACUUCUCCAAGUUAUUCACGAGACAGCGAGUUCUGUCUAAUGCUGCAGAGCUCAGGAGGCUCAGUGGAGCUGUGGGCGCCGUGUCUCAGGAGUUGGUUUUGCUCAUCAAUGACUUCUUGUCUCUGUCCAGUUUUUCGGACAUGAGCUCGGCCCUGCGACUACUGUCCUCAGAGAACCGCACAGCUCUGCCCCGGGAGAGCUUUACAGCCUUCUCUAGGAUCAUGUGUGGGCACCCUGAGGUGGGUGGAGAGCGCAUCCCCUCACUCAACUGGUAUGAAGACAACGACAUCAAGUCUUUCCUGGGCAAGAACGGCACAGAGGACAGCGACCUGGACAAGGACGGCAACAUGACUUCGUUCUGUAAGUCUCUGGUGCAGGGCCUGGAGUCAAACUCUCUGUCUCGCAUCGUGUGGAGAGGCAUCAAGCCUCUGCUCAUUGGCAAACUGCUGUACACGCCCAACACCCCUGCAGUCCAGCAGGUCAUCAAAGAGGUGAACAGGACCUUUGAGGAGCUGCAGAUCCUCCAGGAGCUGAACAAGGCCUGGCUGGAGGUGGGCCCUCAAAUCAGGAACUACAUGGAGACCAGUGUGGAGAUCAAACUUCUGCAGGACCUGCUCAGGCGUCCUGAGGUGGCUGUACUGGUGAACCUACGUCUGGAGAACACCUCAUGGACAGCCUCUAGAAUAGCCCGCUUCCUGUCCACUCCACCCGCAGACAGCCCCAGGACCCCCAGAACCCCCGGAGCUGCUGUCUCCUGGAUGGACCUGUAUUCCGACCUCAACAGCACCAUCAGCACUCUGGCACAGGUCACAGAGUGCUUCUCCAUGAACAAGCUGGAGGGCCUGGAGAGCGAGGGCCAGCUGGUGCAGCGGGCUCUGGAGCUCCUGGAGGACAGGCAAUUUUGGGCUGGGGUGGUCUUCCUCCUGCCCAAUGCCUCGUCACCUCAGCUGCCCCCACAUGUCAAGUACAAGAUCCGCAUGGACAUCGAUGAUGUCACGCGCACCAAUAAGAUCAAGGACAGGUUCUGGGACCCAGGGCCGGCUGCAGACCCCUUCAGUGACUUGCGUUACAUCUGGGGAGGCUUUGUGUAUGUGCAGGACCUGGUGGAGAAAGCCAUAACCAAAGUCCUGACAGGAGCUCCCCAGACCACAGGCAUCUAUGUACAACAGAUGCCCUACCCCUGCUAUGUGGAUGAUGUGUUCCUGCGCGUGCUGAACCGCUCCCUGCCCCUCUUCAUGACCCUGGCAUGGAUCUACUCUGUGGCCAUGAUCAUUAAAGGAGUGGUGUAUGAGAAGGAGGCACGUCUGAAGGAGACCAUGAGGAUCAUGGGGCUGAAUUCUGGGACUUUGUGGCUCAGCUGGUUCAUCUCCUCCAUCGUGCCUUUCCUUGUUUCUGCUGCUCUGCUCAUCGCACUGCUCAAGUGGGGGGACAUCCUGCCCUACAGCGACCCCUCUGUGGUCUUCUUCUUUCUCACGGCCUUUGCGACGGCGACCAUCAUGCAGUGCUUCCUCAUCAGCACCUUCUUCUCCAAAGCCAACCUGUCUGCAGCCUGUGGAGGACUGAUCUACUUCAGCCUGUACCUGCCCUAUGUGCUGUGUGUGGCCUGGAGGGACCACCUCACCUCCACACACAGGGUCCUGGCGAGCUUCCUCUCCCCAGUGGCAUUUGGCUUUGGCUGUGAGUACUUCUCUCAGUACGAGGAGCAGGGUCUGGGCAUACAGUGGGCCAACCUGCGCUCCAGCCCGGUCACUGGAGACCAGUACAACUUUGCCACGUCCAUCUCCAUGCUCUAUGUUGAUGCCCUCAUCUACGCUGUGGCUGCGUGGUACAUCGAGGCUGUGUUCCCUGGUGAGUUCGGGAUCCCCAAGCCGUGGUACUUUGUGUUUCAGAUGAACUUUUGGAGUGGGCUCCCUCUAGAGGUGGGCAUGACCAUCCCCCCAGCACCCGAGGAGCAGGACCAAGACCAUAUUGAACCAGAACCUUCUAAUCUGGUUCUGGGGGUGAGCAUCAGGAACCUGGUGAAGCUCUAUAAGAAGGGCGGGAAAGUGGCUGUGAACCACCUGAACCUCAAGUUCUAUGAGGGACAGAUCACCUCUUUUCUGGGGCACAACGGAGCCGGCAAGACAACCACUAUCUCUGUCUUGACGGGCCUGUUCCCUCCCUCGUCGGGGACAGUGUACAUCAGAGGGAUGGACAUUCGUCAUGACAUGGACUAUAUCAGGAGGACACUGGGGGUGUGUCCUCAGCACAAUGUCCUCUUUGACAUCCUCACGGUGGAAGAGCACGUGUGGUUCUAUGGGCGUCUCAAAGGCCUGUGUGAGGAGGAGGUGAAACAGGAGCUGGACACUCUGCUGGAGGACGUGGGUCUGCUGCACAAGAAGCACGAACAGGCCAAGAACCUCUCAGGUGGGAUGCAGAGGAAGCUGUCUGUUGCCAUAGCAUUUGUGGGAGGUUCUAAAGUGGUGGUGCUGGAUGAACCCACGGCCGGAGUGGACCCUUACUCCAGGAGAGGGAUCUGGGACCUGCUCCUCAAAUACCGCAAAGACCGCACUAUAAUCCUGUCCACUCACUACAUGGACGAGGCGGAGCUCCUGGGGGACCGCAUAGCCAUCAUCUCCCAGGGACGGCUGUGCUGCUGUGGGACGCCCCUGUUCCUCAAGUCCCACCUGGGCUCAGGGUACUACUUGACUGUGGUCAAACAGGACGGGGACAGUGGCACUGCUAGCCACGCCAGUUUCUGUACCAGCUCCAGCAAUGCUAGCAGACAGCCUCCUCUCACCAAGCCACAGGACAGUGAAUCCUCAAUGAGUGAAGACACUGGCUUGGGCAGUGAGGACAACGGGUGUAACAUGGGAGCGCUGCUGUCCCUGGCGCAGCAGUACAUCCCGGAGGUGCGUCUGGUGGAGGAGCAGGGCAGAGAGGCCAUCCUAAACCUGCCUCAGUCUGCAGCUAAAGACACCAGUCUAGCCCUGUUUCUGACUGAACUGGACCUCAAACUGCACGAGCUGGGCCUCAGCAGCUACGGCCUGUCCGACAGCUCUCUGGAGGAGAUCUUCCUGCGUGUGGCUGAGGAGACAGGAGUGGAUGCGGACCCAGGGGCUGAGAGUCCUCCAGCCCAGGGCUCUGCAGCAGGACUGAGGCCUGAGGAGCCUGAGCCUGGUCCUGAAGCUGCAGAGACAGACCCCCUGAGUGGAGGGGGGCAGUGUGGGCUCCCCCUGGUGGGCUGGAGGCUGACACUGCAGCAGCUCCGGCUCUUCAUCAAACGCUGGCUGUACGCCCGCAGGAGCCGCAGGGGGUUCAUCGCUCAGAUCGUGUUGCCUGCUGUGUUUGUGCUGGUGGCUCUGCUCUUCAGCCUCAUUGUGCCUCCGUUUGGGAAGUACCCGGCCCUCCAGCUGCAGCCCUGGAUGUAUGGGGAGCAGUACACCUUCUUCAGUAACGAUGCUCCUGGAAACCCCUCCAUGGAGAAGCUUCUGGAAGCUCUGCUGGACCAGCCAGGGUUUGGAACCAAGUGCAUGAACACAUCUGAUGGGGAAGACAAAUGGAGCCCAGAGUGUGAGACAGACUACGGCUCAUUCAUGAUGCGUCCUCAUGUGUCCUACUCCACGUGGCAGAUGUUUAAGAAAGGAAACUGGAGCAGAGAGCAGCCCUCUCCUGUGUGUCAGUGUAGCUCUGAGGAGGUGCGACGCAUGCUUCCAGACUGUCCCGAGGGGGCGGGGGGGCUGCCUCCUCCUCAGGUGAAGAGACUGACUGGAGACAUCCUUCAAAACCUGACCACCUACAACAUCUCCGACUACCUGGUGAAGACCUACUCCCAGAUCCUCAAGAAAAGUCUGAAAACUAAAAAGUGGGUGAAUGAAUUCAGAUAUGGAGGCUUCUCUCUAGGGGGCAGCACAGCACAGACUUUUCAGGUCCAGAACAUUCAAGACUCUGUGGCAGCUAUCAGGGGGCGCUACAGAGUCACACAGAACAGCUCUGUGGACGAGCUGCUCAAGCGCCUUCCUGAACUUCUGGGAGGACUGCACAGCCAGGACAACGUCAAGGUGUGGUACAAUAAUAAAGGCUGGCACUCCAUGGUGUCCUUUGUGAAUGUGCUGAACAACGGCCUGCUCAGAGCCAGCCUGCCCCCGGGGCCUCAGAGGAGCACCCAUGGGAUCACUGCGUACAACCACCCACUCAACCUGACCAAGGAGCAGCUCACUGAGAUGGCCAUGAUGACAACCUCAGUGGAUGUGCUGGUGUCCAUCUGUGUGAUCUUUGCCAUGUCCUUCGUCCCGGCCAGUUUCGUCCUUUUCCUCAUUGAGGAGAGGGUUAGUAAGGCCAAGCACUUGCAGUUUGUGAGCGGAGUGCAGCCUGUGCUCUACUGGCUCUCCAACUUCACCUGGGACAUGAUAAAUUACACGGUCCCGGCCACUAUGGUGGUCUUCAUCUUCCUGGCCUUCCAGCAGCAGUCCUAUGUGUCAGAGACCAACCUGCCCGCCCUCAUCCUGCUGCUGCUGCUCUAUGGGUGGUCCAUCACUCCUCUGAUGUACCCAGCCUCCUUCAUCUUCAGUGUGCCCAGUACUGCCUACGUCUUCCUCACCUCCAUCAACCUCUUCAUCGGCAUCAACGGCAGCAUCGCCACCUUUGUCCUGGAGCUCUUUGUGGACCAGCAUCUGAAUGAAGUGAACCGUAUCCUGAAGAAGGUCUUCCUGGUGUUCCCUCACUUCUGCUUGGGCCGAGGACUCAUUGACAUGGCCAAGAACCAGGCUAUGGCUGACGCUUUCCACAGACUGGGAGCCAAGCCGCACCUGGACCCUUUGGAGUGGGACUUUGUGGGGAAGAACCUCUUUGCCAUGGCUGCUCAGGGAGUCCUCUUCUUCACCUUCACCAUCCUACUGCAGUACAAGUUCUUCCUCCGCUUCAGGCCGUGGUGGUGGUGGGCAGAGGUGGAGCUUCCUCCUCUGGGCUCUGAGGAUGAAGAUGUGUCCAGGGAGAGAGAGAGGGUGAAGUCUGGCAAAGCUCACAGUGACAUCCUCACCAUGGUGGAUCUCAGCAAGGUGUAUAAAAUAGGUAGGAAGCCUGCUGUGGACCGCCUGUGCUUGGGCAUCCCUCGUGGUGAGUGCUUCGGCCUGCUGGGGGUCAAUGGAGCGGGAAAGACCUCCACUUUCAGGAUGCUGACCGGAGACACGCCCAUCACCUUUGGAGAGGCCUUCCUCAGUCAGCACAGUGUGCAGAGGGAGAUGGAACGUGUGCACCAGCUGAUGGGCUACUGUCCCCAGUUUGAUGCCAUCAGUGACCUGCUGACGGGCCGGGAGCACCUCGAGCUGUAUGCUCGCCUCAGGGGGGUACAGGAGGAGCAUGUGCCCAAGGUGGCAGAGUGGGGCAUCAAGAAGCUGGGCCUGCUUCAGUACUCCGAGCGAGAGGCAGGGGGCUAUAGCGGAGGUAACAAGAGGAAACUGUCCACGGCCAUCGCUCUCAUCGGUUCUCCUCCAGUCAUAUUCCUGGAUGAGCCUACCACAGGGAUGGACCCCAAGGCCAAGAGGUUUUUGUGGAACUGCAUCCUGAGUGUGACCAGAGAGGGGCGAGCUGUGGUGCUGACCUCUCACAGUAUGGAGGAGUGUGAGGCCCUGUGCUCCAGGAUGGCCAUCAUGGUCAACGGCCGCUUCCAGUGUCUGGGCUCUGUGCAGCAUCUGAAGAACAGGUUUGGUGAUGGCUACACCAUCAUCCUGCGCCUGGCUGAGUGUAAACCUGCCCAGGAGCAGUGCCCUGUCGACACGUACAUGAGGAGCCACUUCCCCCACAUCCAGCUGACGGAGCGCCACCAGAAUGUGCUGCAGUACCAGAUGCCCUCCCACGCCUGCUGCCUGGCUCAGCUUUUCCACACACUGUCUAACAACUACGAGGAGCUGGGCAUCCAAGACUUCUCUGUGUCUCAGACCACUCUGGACCAGGUUUUUGUCAACUUCGCCAAAGAUCAGACAGACGAGGACUGUCUCACCACAGUCGUGACCAAUGGGACUCCUCGUAUAGCUCCUGAGGCCCUGCCCACUGUGACCUCCUCCCAAGCCCCUUCCGCUCGCAUGAGUCUGCCCAUUAUAAACCCACAGCCCCUGGUCACGCCCCCUCCUCGCAUCAAGACCCCCCAGAAACCCACCAAGUCCCCCGGCAAGGCCAAGAACAAGAGCCCAGACAGAGGGGAGCGGAGUGGGGGGACAGCCCUGGUCCCUCUGUCCCACCAGGAGUCCAGCAGUGAGGGGGACUCCAGUGACCAGCAGGGGGCGCAGGAAGGCACCAGUCAGACCCGAAGGAAACACAGGACAAAACAGUCCCCCAAAGACCCCACUGCACUGUUCAAUGUGGGCCCCAAGUCUAAGGACACGUCACUAUAGACAACACAGACCAAAGGCUGUGCUACUUUUCUACUGUAAUCUACACAGAAGAAGUCUGUCUGGUAUCGCUCUGUGGAGCUCUCAUUUAUUGAGUAUUAAAAUAUCAAACUUCAUUUGGAUGCUUUGGAAAAGGCCCAUGCUAAUUUAAAUACUGCAAUAAUAAUUUAAAGAUAUAUAUAUAUUUUUUUAAAGACAAAAGAAUAAAACAUGUUUUUCAUUUUGAAUGACAAAACGUGUCCUUACUGUGAGUGGGCUUGCUGUAGGAUGAUCUCCUCCUGCUCCUUUCCAUGGAAAUGUUGUUGCUUUGGCAUAACUAUAACUGUCUCAUUCUCUUAUCUGGAGAAUGUUACAUAGUGGCCCUUUAAACAGACAAACCAGUGUGGUGCAGUAUAGUACAAUACUGUGGAACUUUCUCCAUGGAGGUAGAGGAGUUUUCUGCCCUACUGUGGAGUAUUACAGCCAAAGUAAAAACAUUUUGAUGUUGCUCACAAAUAUUCUAAAAGUGUUCAGCAAAGGUCCAGUUUAAUCUUCUCUACAUGAUUAUGUUCAAAGAGUUCCAUGUAUCAGUUAGUAUCUGGUAUUAUGUAUUUAGUACAGCUGUCCAACUGAAAGGACUUUUAAGACACGAAGAGUAGCUGAGCUGAGAUUAAUAUGAGGUUUGUGGAACUGAUCCCAAAGAAAGAAUGAGGAGAAACAUUUGUGGAUCACUGGACACUGGACCCUGUGAAUCUGUUAAAGUUCUAUAGGCAUCUGGCCUCCAUCUGAAACAUGACAUCAUGUAUUUGUUGGUGGUAGUACAUUAGUCCUGCCUCCACAUGACAUAACCCUGCAGUACCAGACUGACUUCAUGUGUAGAAUACACGGGGACGUCAGGUUUGUGUCUUCCUAAACUGGCUCAUGUGCCUUUAUGGUCAAAAGUGACUCUGCUGUGUCGUCAUGACGCUCACAUUAGCUCUGCUGUCUUUCUAAAAGAUGUAUUUAUUUAUGUCCCAUUGUUUAUUGUAGUUGGUGUAAACUUUACAUACAGGGGCCUCCAUUCACACUGGUGUCCUUGACCUUUAACAUGAGUGAAAAUGUUACAAUGGUUUAGUCCUGGUGUAGUCUUGGAUUAGUCCUGGUUUAGUUCUGGUUUAGUCCUAGUUUAGUUCUGGUUUAGUUCUGGUGUAGUCCUGGUUUAGUUCUGGUUUAGUCCUAGUUUAGUUCUGGUUUAGUUCUGGUUUAGUCCUGGUUUAGUCCUGGUUUAAUCCUGGUUUAGUUCUGGUUUAGUUCUGGUGUAGUCCUGGUUUAGUUCUGGUUUAGUCCUGGUUUAGUUCUGGUUUAGUUCUGGUGUAGUCCUGGUUUAGUCUUGGU